AUGGCUUCCGGUGGAAAAACCUACAUCGUCGAGCACCUUGACCCGGAACUGGGGACUUGGUCGGAGCUGGAAUACCUCGCCAUCGCCCGCGAAUCACAGGAAACAGGGGCCAAGUUCUGUUUAUCGUCUCUUCCUCCGGCUUUCAAAGUCCCAGAGGAUUUGGCCAAGAUUCCUGCCUUCAAAGCAGAGACCAGGGGCGUCGAGGAGCUGUAUGCGAGCGACAAAUCACGGGUGUGCCUGCUUGAUCCCGCCGCCUCAAGUGAUCUCUCGCCUGAGGACGGCGAUAAGUUUGACGCCUUUCUCUUUGGUGGAAUUCUAGGAGAUGAUCCCCCGAGAGAUCGGACGUCUGAGCUACGGAAGAAGGGAUUUGAAGGCCGCCGACUAGGGCCGGUCCAGAUGACUACUGAUACGGCUGUUAGAGUCACCCGGCUAGUCGUCCAGGGCAAGACUCCUCUAAAAGACAUUCCCUACUUGGACCACCCAGAGCUGAAGUUCAACGAGCAUGAAAGCACCGAGAUGCCGUUCCGCUACGUCAAGAGUGAGGACGGAAAACCUAUUAUGCCCGAGGGCAUGGUGGACUUGAUCAAGAAGGACUCCGACAAGGCAAUUGAUGACAUGUUUUGA